GAGCGCAGUGUCCCGGAGAGGGAGGGCAGGCCGGCCAGGUGGGCGCGAACGGAGCCUCGGCGGGCGGGUGGCCGGAGCGGAGCCGGGCGGUGGGCCACGGCAGCCGCAGCCCCAAGCCGAGCCGAGCUAUCCGAGCGGGAGCUGCCCGGCCCGUGCCACCGCUCGUGGCGGGGCGAGGAAAGGCAGCAGCAUGGCCAGCGUUCUGUCCCGGCGCCUUGGCAAGAGGUCCCUCCUGGGCGCCCGGGUGUUGGGGCCACCCGGGGCUGCCCCACCCUUGGAGCCUCAGGCAGAGCUGCUUGAGGGGGCGGCUCCCCAGCCCUUCCUUGCCUCUAAGGACAUGACCUGCCAGGAGCAGCCCAAGGAACUCCUCAAGGCUUCAGGCACCUCAGGCCUCCAGCAGGUGGCCUUUCAGCCUGGGCAGAAGGUUUGUGUGUGGUACGGGGGUCAAGAGUGUACAGGACUGGUGGAGCGGCAUAGUUGGGCAGAGGAUAAGGUGACUGUCUGGCUGUUGGACCAGAAGUUACAAAUCUGCUGCAAAGCGGAGGAGGUGUGGCCAGCCGAGCUGCAGAGCCCCAUCCCCCAGGCGCCACCUCCCGAGCAGGGAACCCAGGCGCCAGCCUACAGGCCUGUCUCCAGGAACAUUGAUGUCCCAAAGAGGAAGUCGGAUGCAGUGGAGAUGGACGAGAUGAUGGCAGCCAUGGUGCUGACGUCCCUGUCCUGCAGCCCCGUGGUGCAGAGUCCUCCUGGGGCCGAGACCAGCUUCUCGGCUUCCCGCGCGGCCUGUGACCCGUGGAAGGAGAGUGGCGACGUGUCGGACAGCGGCAGCAGCACCACCAGCGGGCACUGGAGCGGGAGCAGCGGCGUCUCCACCCCCUCGCCCCCCCACCCCCAGGCCAGCCCCAAGUAUCUGGGGGAUGCCUUUGGCUCUCCCCAGACUGAUAAUGGAUUUGAGACCGACCCGGAUGCUUUCCUGUUGGAUGAACCAGCUCCCCGCAAAAGAAAGAACUCGGUGAAGGUGAUGUACAAGUGCCUGUGGCCCAACUGUGGCAAAGUCCUGCGCUCCAUCGUGGGCAUCAAGCGCCACGUGAAAGCCCUCCACCUGGGGGACACCGUGGACUCUGACCAGUUCAAGCGGGAGGAGGAUUUCUACUACACAGAGGUGCAGGUGAAGGAGGAAGCUACUGCCGCUGGUGGCCCCACCGUGGACCCGGCUCCCACCCCCAGCGUGACCAGCCCGCCCCUUGCCGUUCUCCCUCCGCCUCCUCCCAAAGCCCAGUCCUCAGGCCCAGAUCACCCUGGCCUGGAGUCCUACCUGCCCUCUGGUGCUCUCAGCAAGUCAGCUCCUGGCUCCUUCUGGCACAUUCAGGCCGACCAUGCAUACCAGGCCCUGCCGUCUUUCCAGAUCCCCGUCUCACCGCACAUCUACACCAGUAUUAGCUGGGCCGCUGCCCCCUCUACGGCCUCCUCCCUCUCUCCGGUCCGGAGCCGGUCGCUCAGCUUCAGCGAGCCCCAGCAGCCUCCACCCGCCAUGAAAUCUCACCUGAUUGUCACUUCUUCACCCCGGGCCCAGAGCAGCACCAGGAAAGCCCGCGGGGAGGCUAAGAAGUGCCGCAAGGUGUACGGCAUCGAGCACCGGGACCAGUGGUGCACAGCCUGCCGCUGGAAGAAGGCCUGCCAGCGCUUCCUGGACUGAGCUGUCCGGCAGCCCCGGCCGACGGCCAGAGGACAGAGGCAGGCGCGUCCUAGGCCCUCAGCAGAAACCUAAAAGCUAAAGCGUGGACAUUGGGAGUUUGGGCUCUAUUGGCUAAGGUUCAAUACUUAAAACGUCUUUCCCUCCCUCACGGGAACGUUUUAUUUAAAAAACAAAGCAAAACAAAAAAAACCACGAAAAGAUUUUUCCUCCCCCUAAAAUAGAAGAGAGCCAAAACUGACCAAGGGUGUUCUGCAGCGAACCAGAGACCAAAGAACUGAUUCCACUCCCCUCCCCCCAGCCCGUCUCCCUAGGGGCUUAGUUUGUACGUAAAGAAAGAAAGAACAGCUCAUUCUGUUUCCUGCUGAGGUGGUGAAUUCUUUGCUUUCUCCACUCUUCCAGAAGGCACUGUGAGCAAGAUGGAUUUGCUUUUCUU